UCUUGAUUAUUGUCUACCAACUCGUAGCAAAAUUCUUGUACAAUACAAAACAUGCACCAAACAGAUAAUUUUUAUUUUGCAAAUUAAAUUAAAAAUUGCUAAUUCCAAGUAGGUAAUUUUCACAUGACACCUUGAAAUUAAAUAUGACAAAUCUGCAAGUGUCAUUGUGGAUGGCAUGAACUAUAUCUACUAGUGAAUUUUCUUAACAUAAGAUUAUGUACCAAUACAGGACCAGCAGUAUUUUUUCUGAAUCAAAAAGUGUAGAGAAUUAAUUGGCAUUCUUUAGUGUUGCCUCUUUAGUUGCAGGCGUCCAUAGGCUACGGAGACUGCUUACCACCACCAUAGUAUAAAAAAAAGAUUGAUUACUUUAGUCGUUUCAGCAAACAUUUUAUUUAGAAGAAACAUUUGGCAUCAAAGUACUGGGAUCACUGCUCCUGACUGACACAACAAGAUAACAACAAAACAGUUUCUCCUUUAUAGGAUAUUGAAAAUGUUUUGAAGUGUACCUUUUUACAAACUUUUAUUUAACUUGCCAUGUUAGUAUGUAUCUAACUAUGUUUGUACGGGCUAAAUCUUGCAAGUUAAAUUUAACUUCACGACUUCCAAUGAAGCUGAAAAUGUUAUGCUAAGCAAUACUGUGCUCGAGUCAGGGAGUGUGGGGAACGCUUCAUCAUCUGAUGAGGAGUUGGAGCAGUGGGAGCAGAUCUUCAUGAUGAGAGAUGAAAACGGCAACAGUUAUAAUGACAAAAGAAAGAAGAAAAGCAUAUGGUGUCGGCCAUCAUGCAUCCCUGUCUCCAUAGUAAUAGUGCUCAUAGUACUAGUAGUUCUGGUCCCGCUACUCGACCAGCCGAACAUCGCGCCCGCGCUCCCGACCGCCCCGGCGCCCUUAUAUUGCUCAGACGAGUGUAGGUUAUCAUUAGUAGAAACAAUUCCAGAGGGUCACAUGUACCCUCCAAACAUAACUCAUACUCCCACAAAGCAAGUGUGGCUAGACUUAAUAGAUGAAGCUCAAUCAACCAUAGAAAUAGCGUCUUUUUACUGGACCCUUAGGUUUUAUGAAGAAUAUCCAUAUAAUUCCUCCAUUGAAGGAGAACAAGUGUUCCAGGCGUUAUACGCCGCUGGGUCAAAAAGGAAUAUACAUUUGAAGAUUGCUCAAAAUUGGCCCACUAAGUUAUUCCCUAAUAUAGAUACUGACUAUUUAGUUAAGAAGAAAGCUGCACAGGUGCGAAGCCUGAACUUCUCCAAGCUGUUGGGCGGGGGUGUGCUCCACACCAAAUUCUGGAUUAUCGACAGGCAGCACUUUUAUAUCGGCAGCGCCAAUAUGGACUGGCGGUCGCUUACACAGGUGAAGGAGUUGGGCAUCGUCGCCUACAACUGUUCCUGCCUAGCCACGGAUUUGGGCAAGAUAUUUGAUGUUUACUGGAGCCUAGGCGACAAAGAUGCAGUGGUACCAGAUACGUGGCCCGCCAACCUCAGCACCAACAUCAACAUCGAGAACCCCAUCAACAUCACCGACAAGUAUCACAGCGUCGGCGCCUAUAUCACUAGCUCCCCUCCGCCCUUCAGCCCGCACGGCCGCACCAACGACGACGACGCAAUAGUCUCCAUCAUCGAGUCUGCGGAAGAGUUCGUCCACAUUUCUGUCAUGGACUACGCGCCCGUGAUGGAAUUCACGCCCAAACUGAAAUUCUGGCCAAAAAUCGACGACGCGAUUCGUCGCGCAGCGCUCGAACAUCGCGUGAAAGUGAAGAUGCUAAUCAGCUGGUGGCAACACUCCGCGCCUUCGGAAGAGAACUUCUUGCGCUCGCUCGUCGCGUUAGCAGCGGCGUAUCCUCGCGUCGACUUGCAAGUUAAACGCUACAUCGUCCCAUCGACGCCGGAGCAGGCGAAGAUCCCGCACGCGCGCGUCAACCACAACAAGUACCUGGUGACGGAGCGCGCCGCCUACGUCGGCACCUCCAACUGGUCGGGGGACUACUUCGUGGACACGGCGGGCGUCGCCUUUGUGUUGCAGGAACCCCGCGCCUCCAACGUGACCCAGGAUAUCCGGGCACAGCUAGAAGAUCUAUUCGAGCGCGACUGGAACUCGCCCUACGCCGUCCCGCUGCCGCUCAGUCCCCUGGUGCCGCUGCGGCCAAGGUUAUAGUGGAGGAGCACAUGACCUCCAAUAGCCAUGUAGGGUAUGUUGAGGAGUUGGAAAUAGGGGAGCUUGGAGAAAUCAGGAAACUGAUUGCAGCGGUUAUGGGCUGAAAACAUUACCAGUGAAUAUGAGCUACAUACCUCGAAAAGACAGGCACGUUCAGCUCAGUCAGGGAAUUAAUUGAUCUGUCGUUUGCCGGGACGUUGAUCCGAUAUUAAAUCAUAGUUAAUUUAAAGUCCUAACGGGGUUCAACGUUCGGCAUAUGGAUUAAACUGUAAAAGAUUUGGCAACAUAUUUAGCCAUUUUCAAAAAAAAUUGGAAAUUAGAGUGACCUUUUUAGUUUUCAUAUAGAUUGACGUUCAGUUAUUUAAGAUUGAUUUGUUCCCUUUGAUAGGGAUCUCAGUCCCUGUGCUCGUUCUAGAGCUCAAUGUUUUCGUUUUUCUAUUUUAAGUAUUUUUUCACGACGGACCGCACUAAAUAAUUACUAAUACUUGACGCGUCAUCAAUAAAACAAUAUAAUGCUUGCCUAUGGGACGUAGUUAAGCCACGGAACUGUAUGCCAUAUGGCUCGUUACAUUAACCUGCAUUGGCUCCACAUAUAUACCGGUUAUUACAAGAUACACAUUUUCGAGAAACUGGUCCCAGCUUCGAGCAACGCCGGCUUCCGACACGUCGGAAGAGAGGAGCCUAAGCGAUAUCUCGCCGAACAAAUCAUUCUGACAUUUUUUGCGGGCGAAAAGUGCACACAGUCGCACUUCUCACUCACUACAUACAAAAUCCAAUCUGUAAUGACGACACAAAUACAUAGAAAAUGACACACGUCAAAGACAAAUCUUGCACACCUCGAUCUCUUUGUGUACGGACGAGUCACAACAUGCACCGCCAUAGGUACAGUUGUACCUAUGCUUCGGCAGAGGGGAAAUAGUAUGAAUGCCGUGUCCCUUCCCGACGUUGCUCGAAGGGUCUCAGGUUCGCAUUUUAUAAAAGGGUUGUACAGUUCGUAUCAUCCACGAUGACGCGCAAAUUUGUCAAAUCUAACCUUUAAUAACUUGAUAAUACAAGUCCAGGCACGCGUCUUCAUGAAUAACACGAUCUAUAAUCUGUAAUCGCCGUUUCUCUAUAACAAAUGCAAGGUGCCCGUGA